AUGGAUGACAUGGCGGGCAGUUCAGGGGGAAAAAGCUUGGUGUCAAUCAACCCGCCAAGCAGCUUCCAGGUGCAGUGGCCAGGAGGGAAGACGACCUGCGUUGUGUCAAAGGUUGGGUGUUGGUGCCCGCCUGUUCUGGUGGCCCGCACUGCGGACUGCGCAGACGUGUUGGGCGUCGACAGGGGUGCUCCACGACGGGAUGGCUGUCUGUGUGUGGUUGUGUGCGUGUGUGUGUGUACGUGUGAACCCUUAGUGCUCCGGCUGGUGCCAUGGGCAACCCAGGGGCCCGGACAGGCGCGGGAAUUGCAGCAGCCCAAGACUCUUGGUGCUUAA